AUGCCCGCGACAAGCUCGCCGGAAGAGCAGGCAAUCGAUCGCGAGUACCCGCACCAGCAACGGCGGCAUCAGCAUCAUCGUCGUCAUCAGGAACUUGAUCCUGAACAGGCGCAAUCUAAUUUCCGCGACUCCAACCACAACGAGACUGAACUUGACAAUCAACAGAAUCAAGGCUUACAGUCGCAACAGCAUUAUCAUCAUCAUCAGAAUUCAUCUCGUUCGCAUACUAUUCAGUCUAAUACUCGUCUCGAGGUCCCAUCUGUACAUGGUGUCCGCUCCACUUCACCUUCGUCGUCUAUUUCGGCUCUACCGACGCCUUCGAUAUCUCCUUCGGCCUCUGCCGUAUCCAUUGACGCACCCUAUUCCUCUCGAGAUCCUUCAUCGCCCAUUCAAACUCCCUCCUCGACGAGUGCUGAGGCUCACGGUAGCCAUCCUCAACGAGACUCCUCCGAACAUAACAACUCAGAGCGAGAUAGCGCGGACAGCUAUAGCUAUAUACGCCAAGGGCGCAAUUUGCCCAACAUGGCCACCUGGUCGGGACAGCCUGCUAUCAGAGGCAACUCUGAAGCAAUGCGCAUGAUUCUAUUAAGUUUUGUUACCAUUGGCAUAACCUUCACGUGGGGUAUCGAGAUGACUUAUUGCACACCGUAUCUGCUUAACCUUGGUCUAACCAAAAGCAACACUUCGCUGGUGUGGAUUGCUGGCCCUCUGUCUGGCCUUGUAGUUCAACCUGUUGUGGGCGUCAUCGCAGACGAAAGCAAGUCCAAAUGGGGGCGUCGACGGCCGUUGAUGGUCGUUGGCUCCAUCGUUGUUGCUAUCAGCCUCUUGAUUUUAGGCUUCACUCGUGAGAUUGUCGGUUUCUUCGUCAGCGAUGAGGAGGCUGCGAAGCGACCCACGAUCGUACUGGCUGUACUGGCCAUCUACGUAGUUGAUUUCGCUAUCAAUGCUGUAAUGUCGUGUUCAAAAAGCCUUGUCGUCGAUUCUUUACCGAUCGAAAAGCAACAGUCGGGAGCGGCUUGGUCAAGCCGCAUGUCAUCCAUUGGCCAUAUGAUCGCAUAUGGAGCUGGGGCUGUCGAUCUUGUAAGCCUCUUUGGGAAAACCCUCGGCGAUACCCAGUUUAAGCAGCUCACGGUUAUCUCAACGAUUGCACUUUUGGGCUCAACGGCACUCACAUGCUGGGCCGUUACAGAACGUGUCCUGGUAACGUCCAAGCCUGCCAAACAUGAGGGUCGCUUCCAGGUCUUCCGCCAGAUCUGGUCGACACUGCGGAACCUGCCACCUCGUAUACAGGCUAUCUGCUGGGCACAGUUCUGGGCUUGGAUCGGUUGGUUUCCCUUUCUCUUCUACAGUACUACAUGGGUGGGUGAAACGUACUUUCGCUACGACGUACCAGCCGAUGCCAGGAAAUCUGAAGAUACCUUGGGUGCCAUUGGUCGCAUAGGAAGCACCGCGCUCGUCAUGUACUCGAUGAUCACUUUUGCGGGUGCUUGGAUCUUGCCUAUGUUCAUUCAAUCACCGGAAGAUGACGCCUUUACACAUCGACCUCCUCAAGCCAUUGCAGGCUUUUUGACACGGUUCAACAAGAUGAAGCCUAGCCUUUUGACAGCAUGGGUGUUUGGUCAUUUGAUGUUUGCCGCGUCCAUGGCCUUGGCGCCUUUUGCAACGAGCUUCCGGUUUGCAACAGUUCUAGUGUGUCUUUGUGGCAUACCGUGGACGUUGGCCAUGUGGGCUCCAAGUGCUUUUCUUGGUGUUGAAGUCAAUAAGAUGAGCGGAGAGACAGGAGCAGAUGGUUCCUAUCGCCGUAUUUCCGACGAACCCGAUAUCGAGCUAUCUAGGAUGAAUCAUGACGAUGCGCCUUUGCACUUAGAUCAUGGCUCGGAAGUAGACCUACCUUCUACAGCUUCCACGGGCGAGCUGUCAGGUAUCUACUUCGGCAUUCUCAACAUUUACACGACCCUUCCGCAAUUUGUGGGCACAUUCAUUUCAACCAUCGUUUUCGCGAUUCUCGAGCCUGGUAAAAGUCCCGAACUAGCCGACGAUGCUAAGAAGCAGCCAGAUCCAGAUGGCCCGAACGCGAUUGCGGUGUGCUUGUUCAUUGGAGCGAUGAGCAGUAUAGUUGCGGCAUAUGUGACGCGAAAGCUAAAGGUUAUGUGA